AUGCCUCUCCAUUUGCUGGGUAAAAAGUCCUGGAACGUCUACAAUGCAGACAACAUCGCCCGCGUCCGUCGCGAUGAGGCCGCCGCAAAGGCCAAGGAGGAGGCUGAGGAGCAGCGCAUGCAGGAGAUCGAUGCUGAGCGCCGUCUAGCUAUCCUCCGCGGCGAGGUGCCACCCCCGUUGCCACCGGCUGAGGCCGAUGACUCGGAGCCCAGAGCCAGAGACCGCGACGGGGAAGGCCGUCCCAGAGAGCGGAAGAAGCGCAAGCGCGCUGGUGAAGACGACACCGACUUCGAGUUACGCGUCGCGAAAGAGCGCUCCGAUGUGGUGCAGGCAGCCAAUGACACGCUGCGUAAGUCGAUGAGCUCCGCGCCCAUCGUCGACCGCAUGGGGCACAUUGACCUAUUUGGUGAGGAGCGCAAGCAGGGCCGGCACCUCAAGAACGAAGAGGCCGAGAAGGAGGCCGCAAGGAAGAAGAAGGAGUUCGAGGACCAGUACACCAUGCGCUUCUCCAAUGCGGCAGGUAAGGACGGCCUGGGAGCUGCCUGGUACGCGAACUCUGGGUCGAGAGCGGAGCUCGCCGAGUCGGAACCACCAGGUAAAGAUGCCUUUGGAAACGAGGACCCAGGGCGGAAGAAGCGGGAUGCCGAUAGGAUCGUAGCUAGUGACCCACUGGCGAUGAUGAAAAGGGGUGCCGCCAAGGUCCGAGAGGUGAAGAAGGAGAGGCAGAAAGUCGAGGCCGAGCGGCAAAGGGAUCUCGAACAGCUUCGUAGGGAGGAGAAGCGAAAGGAGAGGCACGAAAGGGAAAAGAGGGAUCACAGAAGGCGCUCGGAGCGACAGGAGCGUGAGAGUAGCAGGGACGACAAGGAACAUCGUCAUCGCGACAGGGAAGACCGUGACCGACAUCACGGCAGGGAAAAUGGCGACAGUGAACACCGUCAACGCGACCAUCACAGAUCCACGGGCGACCGCGACAAGCAUCGUGGUGAUGAUCGUCACCGAGAUGAGAGGAGCAGCAGACAUGGCGAAGAAGGGAAAGGGCGCGAAAAGUCUCAUCACAGAGAUAGAAGCCGCGAUGAGAGGGGCCACUCAAGACACAGGGAGCGACAUGAGAAGGAUUCAGCCUCCAGACGCCGUGACGACGGUCGAAGAAGAGACGAUUCGACGGCAGGGGAUGACAGGUCGAGAGAUUACAAGAAACGAAGUGACGACUGA